GCGGGGUUCUCGGUCGCCAGCCAUUCCUGGGGAGGACUGCCGGUCGGUCGGACGUCUCGGCUGUCGCUGGAGGAGCAGUCCGGAGCAGUCCCGGCUCUCCGGGAAGGCGGCUGCGGCGGCAAGAUGAAGAUAUUCGUGGGCAACGUCGACGGGGCGGAUACAACGCCGGAGGAGCUGGCAGCCCUCUUCGCGCCCUACGGCACGGUCAUGAGCUGCGCCGUCAUGAAACAGUUUGCCUUCGUGCACAUGCGCGAGAACGCAGGCGCGCUGCGCGCCAUCGAGGCCUUGCACGGCCACGAGCUGCGGCCGGGGCGCGCGCUCGUGGUGGAGAUGUCGCGCCCAAGGCCGCUGAACACUUGGAAGAUUUUCGUGGGCAAUGUGUCGGCCGCAUGCACGAGCCAGGAAUUGCGCAGCCUCUUCGAGCGCCGCGGACGCGUCAUCGAGUGUGACGUGGUAAAAGACUACGCGUUUGUUCACAUGGAGAAGGAAGCAGAUGCCAAAGCCGCCAUCGCGCAGCUCAACGGCAAAGAAGUGAAGGGCAAGCGCAUCAACGUGGAACUCUCAACCAAGGGUCAGAAGAAGGGGCCUGGCCUGGCUAUCCAGUCUGGGGACAAGACCAAGAAACCAGGGGCUGGGGAUACGGCAUUCCCUGGAACUGGUGGCUUCUCUGCCACCUUCGACUACCAACAGGCUUUUGGCAACAGCACUGGUGGUUUUGAUGGGCAAGCCCGUCAGCCCACGCCACCCUUCUUUGGUCGCGACCGAAGCCCCCUGCGCCGUUCACCUCCCCGAGCCUCUUAUGUGGCUCCUCUGACGGCCCAGCCAGCCACCUACCGGGCCCAGCCCUCAGUGUCGCUGGGAGCUGCCUACAGGGCCCAGCCUUCUGCCUCUUUGGGUGUCGGCUAUCGGACUCAGCCCAUGACAGCCCAGGCAGCCUCUUACCGCGCUCAGCCCUCUGUCUCCCUUGGGGCCCCAUACAGGGGCCAGCUGGCUAGCCCUAGCUCCCAGUCUGCCGCAGCUUCCUCGCUCGGCCCAUAUGGUGGAGCCCAACCCUCAGCCUCAGCCCUCUCCUCCUAUGGGGGUCAGGCGGCUGCAGCUUCUUCACUCAACUCCUAUGGGGCUCAGGGCUCCUCCCUUGCCUCCUAUGGUAACCAGCCAUCCUCUUAUGGCGCCCAGGCUGCCUCUUCCUAUGGGGUUCGUGCAGCUGCUUCCUCCUACAACACCCAGGGAGCAGCUUCCUCCUUAGGCUCCUAUGGGGCUCAGGCUGCCUCCUAUGGGGCCCAGUCUGCAGCCUCCUCACUAGCUUAUGGAGCCCAGGCAGCUUCUUACAAUGCCCAGCCCUCGGCUUCUUACAAUGCCCAGUCUGCCCCAUAUGCUGCACAGCAGGCUGCUUCCUACUCUUCCCAGCCUGCUGCUUAUGUGGCACAGCCAGCCACAGCUGCUGCCUAUGCCAGCCAGCCAGCCGCCUACGCUGCACAAGCCACUACCCCAAUGGCUGGCUCCUAUGGGGCCCAGCCAGUUGUCCAGACCCAACUGAAUAGUUAUGGGGCCCAAGCAUCAAUGGGCCUGUCAGGCUCCUAUGGGGCUCAGUCGGCUGCUGCGGCCACUGGCUCCUAUGGUGCCGCAGCUGCCUACGGGGCCCAGCCUUCUGCCACCCUGGCAGCUCCUUACCGCACUCAGUCAUCAGCCUCAUUGGCUGCUUCCUAUGCUGCCCAGCAGCAUCCUCAGGCUGCUGCCUCCUACCGUGGCCAGCCGGGCAAUGCCUACGAUGGGGCAGGUCAGCCGUCUGCAGCCUACCUGUCCAUGUCCCAGGGGGCCGUUGCCAACGCCAACAGCACCCCGCCGCCCUAUGAGCGUACCCGCCUCUCCCCACCCCGGGCCAGCUACGACGAUCCCUACAAAAAGGCUGUCGCCAUGUCGAAAAGGUAUGGUUCCGACCGGCGUUUAGCCGAGCUCUCUGAUUACCGCCGUUUAUCAGAGUCGCAGCUUUCGUUCCGCCGCUCGCCGACAAAGUCCUCGCUGGAUUACCGUCGCCUGCCCGAUGCCCAUUCCGAUUACGCACGCUAUUCGGGCUCCUAUAAUGAUUACCUGCGGGCAGCUCAGAUGCACUCUGGCUACCAGCGCCGCAUGUAGGGCCAUCCUGGGGUUGGGGCACCACGGGGAGGGAGGGAGAGGUAGGUAGGGUGCAGACCCAGGUUAUAACCACUCUGGCCCAUACCUCUCCCAAUUCGGUUUUUCAUCCCCUCCCUCUACCAUGUGGGCCUUCCCCAGGAGACCAUCCUUUUGAGUGUUUGGCAGUAACCUACUUUGUUCCUUCGCCUCAGCAUCACAUCUUGUUACUGGCUCUAGAUCUGCGGUUUCCCCUCUACCCUGCCUCCCAUCUCUCCAGAAUGGGAAUUACUUUUGUUUUUAUUUUUUCCUGGCUCCCUUUUAUUUUUGUGCGCGAUAUUUAAGGUCGUCUGGAUGGGGAAGCAACCUGCAGCUGAGGUCGGCGGCGCCUUUUUCUUUUAGAUGUGAGGGAGGCCAGGAAAGGGUUAGUUUAACCAUUUCCUGUGCGCCAAGCUGUUCCAGCAGUCCAGGGGGCCCUGAUUGUUCCUCUGUAGACUGUUGAGACUGAGAUCCUAUUGGGACAGUCAGUUGGUAUGUGUCCAAAUCCCUGCUCACCACUGAUGUCCUAGCGAUGGUGAGCAGCACAGUCCCAAUUCCCCAUCUCCCCAAGUAGGUGGUGUUAGAAAACCUUAAUUUCCCCCCCUUUUGUAUGGACUACAAAUAAAACUUGGGGCGAUUUGCAGUUUGGAAACCUGGUUGUCAUUGUCUUGAUUGCACUCAGUGUCAGAGGAGCCAGUUUGACAUCCAGGAAGUCAUGAUAGCUAAAGGGCAAACAGCCUGAGAAACCAGGGUGGGUUUGGAAAGGGGUUUGAAUGUGGGAAUUAGAAUGAUUUCCCUGCUGCCCAGUGGGAUUUAGCUUAUUGGCGUCCUACUAGCCAUCAACCAUCUUUAGGGCAAGACAGUCCAGACAAAGUGGUUGGACUUCUUAGCCCUCAACUUGAUCACAUCAAAAUGCAGUCUAUAAUACCCAUUUUCCUCUGCCUGUGGUUGACCAUUUCCCUGCCUUUUCUCCAGAAACAACCUGAGCUCCAGCAGGGUGGUUGUAGGGUUUGGCUUUUCUCAAUAAGUGGGGAAUGGGCUGCUUUGGUGUUUAAAAGACAGGCGUAUCCUUCAGACAGUUGGCUCUAAAGAGCACUGGGGCUGGGACCUGGAAAGGAGCCAUAGUGGGGUGGGAGUAAUGUCCCUAUCUGAUGCUUCCCUGUGGUUGGAGAAAGGAUGGAGCAGGGAAAUUUUGAGGCAAUUAUGAGGCAUUCUGGCCAGAGUCCUGGUACUUCGCCUGUUGAAUUUCACCAUGGAGUGUUCUCCCGCAUCCUGCUAACCCCUGCCAUCACAGCACCUGAGACUCCUUUCCCUGUCCCCAUCUGUUAAUGGUUUUUAGAUGUCUUCUUGCUGGGUUUAUAUUUGGAGGUGUCAGACUGUGGGAAGCGGGUGAGGUGCAAGUAAAAUGAAAUCGGGAUGCUAGAAUUGGGUGAGAAAUUGAGGAUUCUGCCAGUACUUUUAUUUCAGAGCUGGGAGUUGAGGACCUGGGCAAAAAAUACGACAAUUUCAACAACAGGAUGGAGGCUUGGUAAUGAUGGGUGAAUGAAAUAAGACUGGUUGGAUUGGGUGAUAUCAGGAAAACCUACUCAUGCUCCUGUGGAAAGGGUGCUUUAGAGACUUGAUUUGGGAACCUGCUAGGGCAAAGUUACUGGGGAGGUAUGUGGGUCAAGUAGAGUUCAGGUGGGUUGUCUUCCUCCUCAUUAGCUUCACGUGAAUGUGCCUAUGACAA